CUUUCUUUAUUUAUAUCUAUUACCCUCUCUUUCUAUCUUGUAUCUUUUCUUCAUUUUCGUAUUCCAUUUCUUCCUUCUUUCCGAAUACUCGAAAUCGACCCUUCUCCUUGGGUUGUUUGCUGGCCGGACUUCCAGUAUUUCUUCUUUGGAUUUGAAGUCUUCUGCCCCUCAGAGAAGGGAGAGACUUUCCUUGUUGAAGAAGGCUAUUUUUUGAACAUGGAAGCUUCUGAAGGAAGGGAGACAGAGAGAAUGGCUAAGAGUGCUGUUCAAUCCGCCGCAGAAACUCUGACCUAUUUUCUAAGGCAGAAAGAUUUUUACCUUCCCCAUGUAGAUAGGUGUGUUAUGCCACUUCGAAACGAACUCAAAGCCUUACUCCAAGACGUGGAUGGGAUGCGCGGGUAUAAUGAAAGUGUUCAGCUAAUAGAAGUAGCAAACAACAUCAAGAACGUCAUCGACUUCUUCAUCUUUAAAAUUGCAGAGCAACGAGGAGAGACGAGUGCUGGAUUGAUGAGUUACCAAUCCACUUUUAAUAGUGGCAUCAAAGACAAACCAGCCAUUGAGGAUCUUGGAAAGAAGAUCUUCGACUUAAAAAGAAGGCUCGACGAGAUCUUGUCCAACAGAUCACAGUACGGCAUCCACAAUGUACAGGCACGUGGAGAAGCUUCGACUUCUUCAAAUCAAAGCCAGAUACAGAGGGAGAAGAGGGCUCCUAUUGUCGAGGAAACCGAAGUGGUCGGCUUUGAAGACGAGACAAGGACGCUGGUGGGGAGGCUGAUUGCAGAAGAUAGGCGGCGUGUUGUCAUUUCCAUCACUGGAACGGGAGGAGUAGGAAAGUCUACUCUUGCAAUGAAAGUUUACCACCAUGUACGGAAGAGUUUCGAUAUUCAUUUUUGGGUCAAUGCGCCUCAAGAAUAUCUAGUGCGAGAUAUUCUUUUCGCAUGUAUCGUUUCAGUCAAUCCAUUCUUCUCACGACGCUCAAUGGAGAGGAUGAGUGAGGAAGACUUGCGGAGAAAACUUUCUGGCUACUUGGAACGGAUGCGGUAUCUGGUGGUAAUUGAUGGUAUAUGGUCCAGAGAAGCUUGGGAUGGCUUGGUUACUGCAUUUCCAGAUUGGGAAAACGGCAGCAGAGUGCUGCUCACGACUCGUAAUGAAGAAGUAGCAAAGUAUGCAGAUACACAGAGCACACCUCAUAAAUUACAUAUUCUCAAUGAAAAUGAGAGCUGGACAUUGUUUUGCAAGAAAGCACUACUGGAAAAUCCUUCUCCUGCAUGCCUUCCAAAUCUGGUGGAGUUGGGGAGAAGGAUGGUUGCGAAAUGCGGAGGUUUACCUCUAGCAAUCACAGUCUUAGGAGGUGUCUUAUCAAGGAAAGAGAAGUCAGUGUAUGAGUGGGAGAAAGUGCUUAGAAGUGUGGAAUGGUGGCUACAUCAAAGUGAAGAAGAUGCAAUCUCGGGCAUAUUGGCCCUGAGCUACGAUGACUUGCCCUAUUACUUGAAGCCCUGCUUUCUUUAUUUUGGAGCAUUUCCUGAAGACUCCGAAAUCUAUGUGGGCGAAUUGAUUCGGAUAUGGAUAGCGGAAGGAUUCGUGCAGGUAAGGGGAGAAAAAGAAAUGGAAGACGUUGCGGAGGAUUAUGUAGAAGAGCUCAUCAGUAGAAGCAUGAUUCAGGUGUCCGAAAGGAAAAGCAAUGGAAUGGCUAAAAAGUGUCGUAUUCAUGAUCAACUACGCGACCUUGCGAUUUCAAAAGCAGAGAGCGAAAGAUUCCUGUACGUGUACGGUAACAAAGCGCCUACGUCAUCCAUCAUGGCAGCCCGACUUGCAAUUACUGGUGGUGACAUCAGCAACUGCAUCUCUCUUAACAGCUCCACUCCACACCUCCGCUCUAUAUUGGACUUCAGCUACGAGAGUGACUUGACAGGGAAACUAGCCCUGAAUAUCCUGGGCGGAUCUUUCGAAUUUCUUAGGGUGUUGCAUCUCGAAAGCGGAAAACUCUUACGUCUCCCUGUCGAAAAUGGGGACCUAAUCCGCUUUAGGUACCUACGUCUUGAAAUGCGGGCGUCAGAAUUUCUACCAUCCACCAUAAUUCACCUGUCUAAUUUACAAACUCUUGAUAUACGGUAUUCAGGCAUGUCAGUUCUGCUACUAGAUGAUAUUACGCAGAUGGAACAGAUAAGGCACUUAAUGGUAGAGCAUGGUUGGUUCAGCAGCGGCAUGCAACUCCAUCACUUGAGCAAUCUCCAGACGCUUAAGACAGUAAGGGCGGGCAGCUGGAUAGAAGAUGGGUUGGAGAAACUGACCAAUUUGAGAGAUUUGGAAAUAGAUGAAAUACAAGGAGAUGUCCAUAUGGCAUUAUCUCGUUCCAUUAGUAAAUUGGUCCACCUCAGAUCAUUGUGCCUAAUGACAUGUGUUGGAUCUGACCAAUCGUGGAUUCCAGCUUUUGAGUCCUUCUCAAAACAUGAGCAUCUAUAUAAAAUGAAAUUGAAAGGACGCUUAGAGAAAUUACCAGAGUCGCAUGCAUUCCCGCCUAACCUCACUGAGCUUUGGUUGUAUGAUUCCAAAUUAGAACGAGACCCGAUGGUAACACUGGAGAAGCUGCCCAACCUUCGGAGUCUCUGUAUCGACGGCAGUUUUAUUGGAAGAGACCCUUACAUGGGAAAGGAAAUGGUUUGCUCUGCUGGAGGGUUUCCACUGCUCGACACUCUGAAUAUUGUUGGAUUAUAUGAAUUAGAGGAGUGGAGAGUGGAGGAAGGAGCUAUGCGGAAUCUUAGGUGUUUGAAGAUUUCAUUCUGUAAAAGAUUGAAGAUGCUUCCUGAUGGAUUGCGAUAUAUCAUCACCCUUCAAGAAUUGAAGUUGGAAUACAUGUCAGAAGAAUUGAAAGGAAGGGUAAGAAAGAACGAGGGUGAGGAUUGGUUUAAGAUCCGACACAUACCCUCUCUUUUCAUCCAAUAA